AUGUCUUUAAAAUACAAUAUAGUUUUAGUGUGGGCUAUUUCUUUGUCGUGCAAAGUGGUUAUGACUGGUUGUGAAGUGGUUUUGGUCAAUCGAGAUGAUGUAGACAGCUUCCGUGUUGGGGAAGAUGGUUGUACGAAUAACGCAAGUGUUUGUACAAGUUCAGCAACAUGUCAAUCUGAUGGCUUAUGUUUGUGUAGCGACAGUGAACCUAACUUCAGAAAUCCUAAAAUAAUAGUUGGUGGUGGUGGUGGGUUAAAGUAUGGUGACUCGUAUGGCUGUGUAAGCAGUAAUGAUCUGCGCUUUGAAGUCGGUAAGUAUAGUGUUUUGUUUUAUGUACUGACAGCUUAGGAAUCAUACAAGUGUACGAAUUGUGCAACAUGUCUGUCUGACAGCGAUCUGUGAUUUAUGCAGCGUUCAUGAACCUAAUUUUCGAAACUAGUGAUGAUAAAGCUUAUGCCUGUUUAAGCUGUAAUAUAGUAUUAUAAUUUCAACUUUACAAUGAAUUUUUUUAAAAAUUUUCAUAGUCAUCUUGUACCAAUAGUUUCAUGAUUUUUAUUCUGAAGAUGGCGAAACAACGAAAAUUUCUUUGUCUGGAGCGGGAUUCGAACUCAUAUCUUCGAAUAACUAGACUGUCGCUCUACCCAUUUCGCUACGAGUCAACGGGGAUUGGUAGCGAGUCUUAUCCAAUUUAAUUGCACGAAAUAUUUUCGCGACAGCUUAAUUAACACUUGGGUAAAGCGGAGUUCUAGAAACCCAAAGAUGCGAAUCCCGGCUCAAAACAAAUAUUUUGUUGUACAGUGUCAAAAUACUCAAAAUAAUUAGUACCAAUAAUAAGAAAGCUUCGCAUUGUUAGGGAUACAACUACCUGAAAAAUUCUCCUUGUAUUUUUAAUUAAGGUAUAUAGUUGCAUCCCUAUCAAUCCGAAGCUUUUUAAAAUAUGGUACCUUAAGAUAUGGUACUUAUUUUUCGAUGAGCUAAUGAUAGCAUGCUAAACAAACAGAUUUUGUAAAUUGGUGGUUCUUUCAGGAGUCUGGCUCAAAAACUCGUCUGUGUCAUUCGGUCCUGAAGUCCUGAACAUUAUGAAGCAGUUUUAUUUAAUUCCAAGUGAUGUAUAUGCAAAUUAUAUUAAUUAAUCAACCUGGAUUUGAAUAAAAUUCCAAUCACAAUGCAAACUUUAAUCCAAGCCCUACUCCUUGUGCCGACAUUCCAAAUUACUAUCUCGAAAUGGUGACUGAAUAUCCUCUAGUUAAUUUUAAAUUUUUCAACUAAGCAAAUUUCAUUUAGUUCUUUCAGUUCAAAUAGUCAAUUUAUAUCAUAUUUUAAAUAAAUGUAGGAUCACGCAAUCAUUGUGUAUUUGGCCCUUUUCAACUCAUACCAAACAGCCACCAAGAUUCAACCACGAAAUUCAGAGAUAUCGACAAUCCAAAAGUAGUGUUCAAGAGUUGUGCCUUACCGAAAGCCUGGGUAAAGUUUCCAGACAUGUACAACGCUACAGACAUGGAGCUGCAAUGGUUCAAUGAAUCUUACGUUGACUUGACAGUCUUUAACGCAACAUUGGAUUUUAAGGUAUGGAAAUUUACCUCCAUGUUUCUUUUUCUUUAGCUUUGUUUAAAAUUAGUUUGUUUUUCUUGUUCCAGUGGAAAAGAUCAGUUCCAAGUCUGCGAGGCACGAUCAUUACGUUGCAUUUCAAAUGUGCCCUGAGCCCAUCGAAUUCAAUGGUAACAAAAUGUCUACGAGCAAAGGUUCUUGGGACAUGGCCAGCAGGUAAAAGAGUCCGUUUAGUUGAAGAAUUAGAUAAAGGGUCUUGUAGAUGGAAAUUAUCGAACAGCUGCUAAAAAUGCAACUAUAGGUCCCUGGUUGGGAUCGGACCUGCGGCCCUGCGAUUCCAGUGCGGCGCUCUAACCAACUGAGCUACAGAGACCAGUUGUGGAGCAAUGUUAGAGCACUGCACUGGAAUCACAGGGCCGCAGGUUCGAUUCCCGCCAGGGACCUAAAGUUGCAUUUUUAUCAGCUGUUUCUGGUUAGGUUUAAUAAAUGUAUAUAAAUUUCUACUCGAUAAUUUCCAUCUACAACACCCUUCAAAUAUUAUAUUCAAUGUGAGAUGCCAACAAAAUCUUGAUAUUUAGUUCAACAAGUAUACUUUAAUAGUACUCCUCAUUAUGCGGCCAAUUUUGAAUAUGCACGAAUAACUAUACAUGUACUGUAUGUAUCACAAAGACCAUACCAUACAUAAACAGUGCAUAACUCUAAUACACUAUAUAUUUUCAAUCUAAAUUCGACUCAUCUUUAGCAGUACACACUUAACCCAGAAAGGCGAAACUGAUGCGUGCGGACAUUAUAAAUGCAUGAUAGCUGUGAACUCCGCAUAAACAUUGACAACUUUCACAUGCAUAUAUAGGUAACACCAGCUCAACUCCUGCAGCAACUAGUGAACCAACGACCCCGUCAUUCAACCAAAUUGGUACCACCACAAUGUCACCUACCACAUCAGCUAAAUCCAAUAGUCAAGGAUCGAGCAGUAAUGGUGAUUCCAGUGGAACAAUUAUUAUCAUAGCUGUUGUGGUACCUGUAGUACUGUUGAUCGUGUUGGUUGUCGUUGUUUGGUUGUUGUGUAAACGCAAGAAGGGAAAUAAGUAAGCUUUUUAAGGAAUUAAUAAAUAACUUUAAUUGGUGAUAUUUGGAUUUAGCAUCAUGCAUUGUGUGAUAUAAUAUUGCUAAAAUUGAAUAAUCUUAUACAGAAAUUCUAUUAAACUUAAAGAAAGUUUUGAUGCUUCUUUCAAACAGGACAAUUCGUUUCUCUUCUGAUUAUCAACUAUAUCAAUGUAGAAAAUGUUAAGCCUAAUGGACCAAUCCCCAAUUAACCAAAAUUUUGAACUCAACAAGUCUAGACAAAAAUUUCAUCACAGCUUGAAAGACCAUCACAAAAUUAGUAAUAUUCCAAAGUUUCGUUGCAAAAUGUUGUAAAAUGCGGAUAAUAUAGCCUUGCGAAAUUUGUUUAGGCUAGUUAAGAUCAAAAUUUUGAAAAGUGGUAACCAUUUCCCGUUUGUAAUCUAAAAUAAUUGAAAAUUGCAAAUUUUGCAAGGCUAUAUUAUCCGCAUUUUACAACAUUUUGCAACGAAACUUUGGAAUAUUACUAAUUUUGUCAAUGCUCUUUCAUGCUAUGAUGGAAUUUUGUCUAGAUUUGUUGAGAUCAAAAUUUUGGUUAAUUGGGGAAUGGUCCAUUGCAAUUGAAUUUUUCUUGAUAUUUUUACAACAGCAAAAGAAAUUCAAAUCGUGGAAGUUCCGGAAAAGAGAAGG